AUGAACUACGGCGGCAAGGCGUGUUUUCUGCUCUUCACCGUGGCGUGGUUGGGAGUAACUGCAAAUGCGGUGUGGUACUGCGUCACGCUGAAGUGGGCCUUUGAUGCCCCUGCCGAUUGCUUCGGCCGAGGUCUGGAUUCUUUCGGCAAGUGCUUGCCGUUUCCCAGACCUGCGAAGCCUGCGAAGGGCACGAUUCCGUCUCCUGGAGGGCUUGGAACCGACACAUACAAAGGUUUGGAACAAAAACCAGCUAAAGCUAAGCCCCUCGAAGGCCAAGAGAGCGUCACCAAGAAUGUCAAGGAGGAGAAGACGCUGCACCCCGUGCCCCUGCCUGAGAAAGAAAAGCUGCCCGAGGGAGGCGGAGGUGAGUCGCAUGACCAGGGCCACGAGGGCAAAAUCGAAGCCACUCAUGUAAUCCCAGAUCCCCUAGAGAAAACGCUAGAGUCCCCAGAAGCCGUGCCCAAGGUAAUACCCGAACCGGCCGUAAAAAAACCUGCUCAGGGGAAGCAGAAGAAAAAGAAAGAAAAAACCCCGAGGCGUAGCGUUAGGCCGGACGGGCUGGGCGAUGAUUGGGAUUAA